GAGAAAAACUAAAAGCAGAGCAAGGCAGAGUCUCCAAUAAAACGCCCAGUACCCCGAGCCCGAGCGCGAGUGCCGGGCGGCGAAGGGCGCGGGAGGCGGGGAUGGGGUGGCGGGCGGGGGGGGGACAAUGAGCGCGUGAAGUUACCUGCCCGGCGGCGGCGGGCCGAGAGCGCCGGGGCCGAGCGGAUCAGGCAGGCUGCGCGCUCGGCGUGGACGGGAAAAGAAAAGGAGUUGCUUGAUGUGAGAGUGAAAUGGACGUAAGAUUUUAUCCACCUCCAGCCCAGCCCGCUGCUGCGCCCGCCGCUCCCUGUCUGGGACCUUCUCCCUGCCUGGACCCCUACUAUUGCAACAAGUUUGACGGCGAGAACAUGUAUAUGAGCAUGACAGAGCCGAGCCAGGACUAUGUGCCAGCCAGCCAGUCCUACCCUGGCCCAAGUCUGGAAAGUGAAGACUUUAACAUCCCACCCAUCACUCCUCCCUCCCUCCCUGACCACUCUCUGGUGCACCUGAAUGAGGUGGAGUCCGGUUACCACUCUCUGUGUCACCCCAUGAACCACAAUGGCCUGCUCCCGUUCCAUCCACAAAAUAUGGACCUGCCAGAGAUCACCGUAUCCAACAUGCUGGGUCAGGAUGGCUCACUGCUCUCCAAUUCCCUCUCUGUGAUGCAAGAGAUUGGAAAUGCAGAAGGAGCUCAGUACAGUUCCCAUCCUCAGAUGGCAGCCAUGAGGCCGAGAGGCCAGCCUACAGACAUCAGACAGCAGGCAAGCAUGAUGCAGCACGGCCAGCUGACCACCAUCAACCAGUCGCAGCUGAGUGCACAGUUGGGCUUGAACAUGGGAGGAACCAAUGUCCCCCACAACUCCCCCUCUCCACCCGGGAGCAAGUCUGCAACCCCUUCACCAUCCAGCUCAGUGCAUGAGGAUGAGUGUGAGGAUACCUCCAAGAUCAAUGGAGGAGAGAAGCGGCCUGCCUCUGAUAUGGGAAAAAAACCAAAAACUCCCAAAAAGAAGAAGAAGAAGGAUCCUAACGAGCCCCAGAAGCCUGUGUCUGCCUAUGCUUUGUUCUUUCGGGAUACCCAGGCUGCCAUCAAGGGCCAGAACCCAAAUGCUACUUUUGGGGAAGUCUCGAAGAUUGUGGCAUCCAUGUGGGAUGGCCUAGGAGAAGAACAGAAACAGGUCUAUAAGAAGAAAACAGAGGCUGCAAAGAAGGAAUACCUGAAGCAGCUAGCAGCAUACAGAGCCAGCCUUGUAUCCAAGAGCUACAAUGAUCCUGUUGAUGUUAAGACAUCUCAGCCACCCCAGCUGGUCAACUCAAAGCCGUCAGUGUUCCAUGGGCCCAGCCAGGCCCACUCUGCUCUGUACCUAAGUUCUCACUAUCACCAACAACCAGGAAUGACUCCUCAGCUCACUGCCAUGCAUCCGAGCCUCCCCAGAAACAUAGCACCUAAGCCCAAUAACCAAAUGCCAGUGACUGUCUCCAUAGCCAACAUGGCCGUGUCCCCACCACCGCCCCUCCAGAUCAGCCCACCUCUUCAUCAGCAUCUCACCAUGCAGCAGCAUCAGCCGCUUGCCAUGCAGCAGCCCCUUGGGAGUCAGCUCCCCAUGCAGGUCCAGACUGCCUUACACUCACCAACCAUGCAACAAGGAUUUACUCUUCAGCCGGACUAUCAGACUAUUAUCAACCCUACAUCUACAGCCGCACAAGUUGUCACCCAAGCGAUGGAGUAUGUGCGUUCUGGGUGCAGAAAUCCGCCCCCACAGCCGGUGGACUGGAGUACCGACUACUGCAGUAGUGGGGGCAUGCAGAGGGACAAAGCACUGUACCUCACCUGAAAAUCUCAACACCUCUCCUUUCCACUGAGGAAUUCAGGGAAAUCUUUUCACCACAGAUUGCUUUGCGCACUCAAAGCAGAUCUUCAUUUGAUUAGAAAAUACAAGUUGCUAAGCACUUAGGACCAUGUGAGCUUGUGGGUCGCCCACGCUGGAAGAAAUAGUCAUGCUUCUUUAUUAUUUUUUUAAUCUUUUCUGGACAUUGUUCCUCUUCCCUGAAGGAAGUACGGACCAUUCUGAUUUCUGUUGGUUUGCUGUGAAGUGCUGCCGCUCUAGUAACUGCCUUAGCAACGGUAGAUGUCUGGGGUAAUGGUCCUGGGUUUUCCAUUGGUUUUCAUAAUGGGUGUUUAUAUGAAACUACUAAAGACUUUUUAAAUGGCUUGAUGUAGCAGUCAUAGCAAGUUUGUAAAUAGCAUCUAUGUUACACUCUCCUAGAGUAUAAAAUGUGAAUGUUUUUGUAGCUAAAUUGUAAUUUGAAACUGGCUCACCCCAGUUUGUUGAUUUCACAGAGGGGUUAAAUUGGCAAACAUUCAUAUUUUUACUUCAUUUUUAAAAACAACUGACUAAUAGUUCUAUAUUUUCAAAAUACUUGAAAAAUAUACCCAAAUGAUUUUAAUUUAAAAACAAAUUGGCUUUGUCUUAUUGAUCAGACAAAAAGAAGCUAGUGUGGAGGAAAGCGCAAACACAUUUAUUUUGUAUUGCAGGAAAAAUCCUUUUUUGUAUCACUUUUGUGUAAUGAUUAGUAAAUGUCAUCUAAGUCCUUUUAUGUAUAAAGCUGCCAAAUGCUCACCUGGUAUCUUAGCUGCAGAAACAGAUCAAAAAGCGCUAAGUGAUCAUCUUUAUCUAUGGCUCUGUGUUACUGUUUCUUCAUACCGUGUCUGUAUUUAAUCGUUUUCCUCUUUUUUUUAUGGAACUUGUUGCGCCUAUUUAUGAAAUAAUAAAUAUAGGUGUUUGUAAGUAAAUUUGUUAGUAUUUGAAAGAAGUUUCAUUGAUGUUUUAAUUUUUGCUGGCAAAAAAAAAAAAAAAAAAAAUCCAUGCUUGGUGUGAAUACUUAUUUAGUUUUUACAGUGACAUGAAUAAAACCAAAUCUGCUUUUCAUUUAGUAGCAAAAUAGAGCAACGAAUCUGUAUUUUUGCAUAUCUUUUGUUGACAUAAAUGAAAAACAAUUCUA